UUCAGCGCGUAAUUGAACUGAUCGGAAACCACCCUCGUAACUCCCUCCCACCGUCGCCAGGAGGAGAAGAAUCCACUUCAAAGGCUCGAUUCACACACGGCAGCAGAGGAUACCGGAGAUGGCUGCGAGUUGUGGCCGAAGGUUCGCCGGCGGCGAUGCGCCGGCGAGAUGCUGUAACCUGGAGAGAUUCCUCGAGGCCACUACGCCUGUGGUUACGCCCAGCUGCUCCUCCAAGGAGGGCAUGAAGGGCUGGAGUCAAUCGGAUGAAGAUGAUUCGUUGCCGUUCUUCACUCUGGGAGACCUCUGGGACGCAUUCAGGGAGUGCAGCGCGUACGGCACCGCUGUACCUCUUGUUCUGAACGGUUGCAGCGAUGGCGUUGUUCAGUACUACGUCCCCUACCUAUCUGCAAUCCAGCUUUACGGCGGAUUCAGGAGGCACGUCGGCCCUUCCAGGACGGGUGCAGAGGAGAGCGACAGCGACACGGAGCAUGAGACAAGCUCCAGCGCGAAGGCGUCCUCGGUGCAGGAAACCAGCGAGAGCUCCAGCGGCAGCGAAGCUUCCAGCGACGAAUGCGAGUCCGGAAGCUGCCACGAGCAGCUCCUCUUCGAGUUUCUCGAGUCCGAGCCUCCCUACCAGCGCGAGCCGUUGGCUGACAAGAUUUGCAGCCUCGCGAAGCGGUUUCCAGAGCUGCAGACCCUCAGGAGCUGCGAUCUCUCGCCAGCCAGCUGGAUCUCCGUUGCAUGGUACCCGAUCUACGGGAUCCCGGCGGGACCAACACAGCGCGACCUGGACGCCUGCUUCCUCACCUACUACUCCCUCUCCACGCAGUUCGCAGGCGCCGGCCACUGCCCCAAACCGACGGGCCCCGCCACCGCACGCGCGGCGCCCGUGACGGCGAUGUGGCUCCCGACGUUCGCAAUGGCGUCGUACAAGCUGAAGGGCGCGGCGUGGACGCCGGGGUGGCGCGACCGGCAGCUGGCGGCGUCCCUCGCGCAGGCCGCUGACGCCUGGAUCAGGCUCCUGCGCGCGGACCACCCGGAUCACCGGUUCUUCGCCGCCCGGCGCGCGCCAAGCAGGAGAUGGUGAUUGGUUCGGUCCAGGGUUGGAGAUCGACCAACUGUUCGGUCACAUGCACAGUUUCAGGGGCGGAGCUGGAAACUCCCUCCAACUCGGGCUAAACCAAUAGGCAAGUAAGAGACUGAUUAAAAUUAUACCUAAUAAUCUUUAUGCCUAAAUGCCAUAGUAAUUUACAUGGGAUGAGCAAGGCCGGGCCCGUAGCUCGCCCAACACGGGCCCUCGCUCCGCCCCUGUGUACAAUGCAACCAAGAACAUAUACUAUGUGCAACCAAGAACAUAUACAAAGUGUUCAUCCAGUCGUUGUUGUUUCAAUGCUUUCUGUAUCCGUGAAAUUUUCAGGAGAAAGUGUAUCAGAAAAAUGGUAGAUGUAGAGAAAAUGAGAAACACCAUCAGUUCGUGCAGUGUUUAAUUGCGUGAAACACGUGACUAGUCCUUGCUCAAAGAAAGUGAGGAAACGUACAGAAAUAGCGACGACUCCGACUUGUGCACUGGUGUUGAGGUGAGCAGACUGACGGGUAGGCG